UUCACUUAGUAAUGCUGAGUGACUCACGAACUUGUCUGGGGGACUCUUUCUUUGUUCGCACCCGGUUUAAAUUCGCUUAUCUACAGUCAUCUUUUGUGAGGGUUCGGUGAAUGAAAACUUUCGUGUUUAUUUGUGUUACGAGAACAAACUACGAGUUUAUCAAGGAUCAAUCUACUGAUUGAAGAGUGUAAAUUUUAAUUUGCGGAAUCGCUGUAAUCUGUUCAUUCUUUCAAGACAAAUUCGCCCUUCGGCUGGACUUGACAUAGGACUGACUAAUUGUGACAACAAUUAAAUUGCAAAGGCACCAGAGGUAGAAUUGGCCAAGGCUUGAACUUAAGAAUACGCGAAUGGAGUCAAGACUCCUGAAGUUUUGUCUCUGGCUAUUAACAAUAACUGCUCUGACAAGUUUAUUUGCGAGAACAGUCAAAGCCAACGGAAUUACAACUCAGAACAGUCAUGGAAAACUUCUCGAAUGCUCUGCCACCGCAAAUUCUUCAAUGGCGGUUUUUCUGACGCAGAAAGAGUCUGGCAAAAGUCAUAAAACUCCCAACAAUGGAAAUUUUUCUAGUCCUUACAGACCUUUCACAGUUAACGAAAAACUUGUUGCUACAAGGCAACAUGGUUAUUGUAAAGUACUCGUAAGAACAAAGAGCGACGCUCGAUUGUCUGUCCGUUUCCUUCCUGUCCAAAUACAAGGACCUCACCUCCGAAUUGUUUCAUGGUUACCUGUGACACUGCAGGACACCCAACCCAUAUAUAAAUUGUUUAUGCAGUGGAGAAGCAAUGAUGGACGUAUUUAUAACCGCUUACUCUGCGAAGGAAACCGAACGUCUUGCAAAGUUAUAGGAAGACUUCCCCUACCUCAUCGCAUGUAUGUCAAUGUUAUUGUGAAGAAACCAGUUCAUAACUUUGGAGAAGGGAACAUACUUACAUACCCUACAGAAAAUGUUUCGCUUCCUGUACCUGAAGAGAAACCAACGAAACCAGCUCGUGCCUCAGGUAACAGUACAACAGGUAACAGUACAACUUUCUUGAAAGUUGAAAUCGUUAGUUAUGAUUGGAAUUUCGUCAAUCUAUCAUGGAAUGCCAUUGAGACUGGAAAUAGUCACGUGACCUACCGAGUUACAGCCAAAAGAGGUAAUAAAGCCAUUGAUUUGGUGACGCCAAAAAAAUCCAUGGAAUUAUCAAGCCUGAAGCAGCUGACAAGAUAUGAAAUCAAAGUGCAGGCUCUGGAAAAUAACAGCGUUCCUCUUGCAUCAGCUGCGGUCAGUUUUAUCACAGGAGAUAGAAACGAAUGUAAAGAAAUGCCAGAUCCAUGUUUCGAUCGCGCCCAAUGUAUCAACACCAAAGGAAGCUACUUUUGUCGUUGUCCUCUUGGAUGGACUUUUGACGGGAAAGCAUGCAAAGGUUUGUGGGAAUUUCAAGACAACUGCUCUGUUAACAAAGUCAAAUCUUCCUUUUGGUCUACCAUUACAUUUAUAAUAUGGUUUGCUAAAACUUUGCUACAGGUGUCACCAGUUUUACUGUUUGAAGACUCCCAAGGAGCCUUUGUGUCUAUCUAA